AUGGAGCGUGAGGGGGAGCCUCCCCCGCAACCCCAGAGGCGCAACAGGCGUCAGGUGCCGGUAGUGGAGCGUCAGCUUGCCGAGAGAAAUAUUUUCUCCGGUGAGCCGCCACGCCCACUACCGUCCAUCCGCACAAUGAGUGCGCAGCAGCGCUCCGGCAGACCAUCGCCGGAGGCGUCCAACUAUACAAGUACUGAGGAAGACGAAGAGGAGGAGACCGCCUCGGUAACAUCCAUCCGACAGCAGCCGCAGCCACGGGCAAGCGGAAGCGGAGAGAUCGCAGGGGGCUCAUAUUUUUAUGCAGCCCCCGCGGAUUAUACCCCACCGCCACGCCAGCCGAAGGCGCAGCGCAGGCACACACCACCAGAGACGGAGGCGUCCCUCCUGGAGAAGAGGACGAAGGUGGGUCCCCCCACCUCAUCGCCGGAGGAGGGGCCGCAAGAACGAGACAAACCGCAAGUAAGUCAACCUGGGGCGAGGGCGUAUUCCCAACCCCCCAGGUCGCCUUCAUUAAAUAUAACUCCUACAAGCACACCCAGUAUCUCCCCGGAUAGGAGGUCCAACCGGGACCUCGAUAUGGAGGAAUAUGGAGGAGAGUCCGUAUGGACGGAUGCGACGUCGUAUGCGACGUUCGCGAACGACGGCGUAAGCCGUGUUACACCAUCAAACUACGAACCGAAGCCGUCAACGUCGUAUGCGACGGCAGCACAAAAACCGCCAUCACCAAGCGUCCAAGGGCGGACUAGUUCACCCAAAGCGCCGAAGGACACCAAAGGACAGUCCACUCAGGAGAGCACAAGAAAGGGCGCGGGGAACAACACCCCCCCGCCCCCGCACCUCCAAAGCAUAGGAAAAGUCGUCGAGAAG